GAAGUAUUUAAUUUAGUAAUUGUGUUUUGGAACUAAGUAAUUCUACAUAUCGGUAAACUAGAAAUGUUAAUCAGAAACUAAAAAUUCUCUGAAAUAUAAAGUACGAGUACUUAUAAGUGCCAGUGACAACCGCGCGGAGUAUGAUGUGUGUGGACGCGAGUGGUGGCGGCGCAGGCGCAGGCGGCGGCGCGAUGUCCGGGGCGGCGUUCACGGCCGCGCUGCACUUCCUCACGCUGUCGCUGCACGAGCCCUGGCCGCCGGCUGCCAGCCCUGACAACGGGUCAAGUUUCGAUUUCGUGGUGGUGGGCGGUGGCACGGCGGGCGCGGCGCUGGCGGCGCGGCUGGCGGAGCGCCCCGACUUCCGAGUGCUGCUGCUGGAGGCCGGGCCCGACCCGCCGCAGGAGAGCAUUGUGCCAGGAUUCAGAUCAGCGUUCCCCCGCAGCCAGUAUGACUGGAACUUCACGACGACUGACGACGGCUACUCUAGCCAGCACCUGACGGGACACCGGCAGAGCCUCGUCUGUGGCAGGAUCCUUGGCGGGGGCGGCUCCAUCAACAGCAUGAUAUAUUCGCGAGGCUCCGUCGCCGACUACGACGAGUGGGCACAUAUCCUCGGGGACCACACCUGGAGCUGGUCCAACGUACUACCUUAUUUUAAGAAAACGGAAAAGCUUACUGAUCAAAUUAUUCUAAAUUAUCCUUCUUCUGCAAAAUACCACGGAACAGAAGGUGAAAUUGAAGUUGCUGGCUUAGACCGACUGAACUUUGAUACUGCUAAGAUUUUAGAAGCUUUUUCCGAGUUAGGCUUCAAUGUGGUUGAGGACAGAAACAAUCCAGAGAGAAUAGGAGCUGGUCAUUUAUCGUUCACGAUCAAAGAAGGAAAGAGACAGAGCACAGUGACUGCGAUGUUGGAUAAGGUUGCGAAGCAAGACAAUUUGUUUGUGGUUACAAACGCGUUGGUUACAAAAGUUCUUAUUCAAAAUGACACAGCGUACGGCGUCAAAGUACAGAUUGAUGACGAGGAAUUUGAAUUCUACGCUAGUAAAGAGGUAAUAUUGUCUGCAGGAACAUUUAAUACUCCAAAGUUACUCAUGCUAUCAGGCGUGGGUCCGAGAGAACAUUUGCAACAGUUAGGUAUACAAGUGAUCAAGGAUUUGCCUGUAGGAGACAACCUGCAAGACCACGUCAGCGUAUACACUUAUAUUGCAGCUGAAAAUGGCACCUGCUACUCCGAUGAAGCGUCUAAACAUAUGGACAUUUUGCAGUACUUAUUCAAUCGCACUGGAUCUAUGUCGAUCCCCAGUAGAAUUGGUGUCGACUAUUCUUUGAGGAACUCUCCAACUCAAAACGUUCCAGAUUUAAGUGUGUACCCGGGAUGUGUACCCGUGAACAAAAACUAUUACGACACAUGUUUGAGCUCAACAGAUUUAAACCCUAAACUGUGCGCUCAGUUGGACGCGCUAAACAAGAAGUACGAGCUUCUGUCCACGUUCGUCGUUCUUCUGAAGCCCAAGUCAAGAGAAAGCGUCAGAUUGAGAUCAACCAACGUGCUGGACAAACCAGUAAUAUUGUCAGGAACUUUUACAAACGCAGACGACUUGGAUGCUUAUCCUGAGGCUUUAGAAGCUGUUUGGUCGUUGGUGAAUACUACUUACUUUAAAAGUAAGAAUGCCUUUGUAGUUGACUUUAAAUUGGAGGAAUGUGAUAGGUUGGAGUAUCCGGAGAACGUGAAAUGUAUGGCGCUAGGGCUGGCGAAGUCCGACUGGCACUUUGUGGGUACGGCCGCUAUGGGUGCCGUGCUGGACGCGAGGUUGAGGGUGCGGGGGUUGCGCGGGCUGCGGGUGGUGGACGCCAGCGCCAUGCCCACCGUCGUGCGAGGCAAUAUCAACUCUCCCGUAGUCAUGCUGGCUGAGAAAGCUGCUGAUUUUAUAAAAAAAGAGUACCGGUUCGUCUAGACGGAAAUAAAUUUACAUGUUAUACCAACGGAUUUAAAUUUUGAAUGCAAACGCCUGUUGGUAUUAAGAAGGCAAG